AUGCCCUCUCCCCCAGCUGCUGAGCUGGACAAGUAGAGAAACUCUCGACUUUCCAACCAAUUAUCUUUACGUUUUCUCCUUCCUUUCCCAAAUGAAAAAUGGCAAUUCGGAAAGAUCUACUGGAGCUUCAGCUAUCCGAGCUGGACAUGCUGAUGAGCAUGUAUCCAGGGGGUGACGAACUUGUGCUGGACAACCCCGCGGCACCAACGGACAUCCGCCGGUUUGUGGACGGGCCGAGGGAGGCCCCGCCCCCGAGACUGGAGUUCACUCUUAACGUUGAAAUCGAUGAGCCAAAGGCCACAGUUGCCAUGUGGUGCAGUUUCCCUCCACUCUACCCUGAGGUGUUGCCAACAAUCCACCUGAGGAGCUCCAAGCUGUCCCGUCAGCAGCAAAAGGACAUCAACAAAAGUCUUAAUACUUUUCUUGCUUCUUUAGACUUAGGGGAGCUCUGCACAAUGCCAUUGGUGCAGUGGAUACAGGACAAUGCAGGAAAACACAUCACCCUUUCUUAUGCUGAGCUGCAAAGCAUGAAUACACAGACAGGAAAGGAAGUAAAUAAACAGACAAGCUUGUCCAGAUUUUGGAUCUACAGUCACCACAUCUAUCGGCAAGAGCUGUUGCGUAAAAUUCCCGCCCUGGCCAAGGAGCUAGACUUGACAGGCUUCUGUCUUCCUGGGAAGCCGGGGAUCAUCUGUGUGGAAGGUCUGACAAAGUACUGCGAGGAAUACUGGCACAAACUGCGGUACCCAAACUGGAAACACAUCUCAUGUAAACACAGGGAGGAUGCUGAAUGUAAGGAUCAGAAUGAGGAGGCUGAUUUCAGGCUAUUUACAGUGUUUGAGGAGUUGACAUUUGAGGCUCAUGGCGACUACGGACUGAGGAAUGAUUACCACAUGGAACUGGGGCGGUUUCUGGAGUACCUUAAGGAACACAAAUGUGACUACAUGUUUAGCAUCUUCUUUGGAGUGGAGGGAAAAGAAUCUCAAAAAUGAAAAGAAGAACAAUUAGCAUAUCACAUCAUUAGAAAUUAAG